GGACCCACCCACCCCCAAUGGAGGCCCAGGAACAAAAAUGCAGCGUUACCCUCUUGUGCCCACUUAAAAUGCGAUGCCAGCAGCCCUAAGCUUGACCUAGCUGGCAGCCAUGGUUGUUGAAAAAGCUAAUGAGACAAAAUGACAGGCUCUGGAUUGCUUUGUUGAUGACUACAUUCAGUGUGAAUGCAGCAGAAACCCAGGCCGUAGUAGGGCUGACUUCUCAAGUGUUCAUGUAAUGGUAGUUUAGAUGAGCAGUGGAUGCACUUUGUAUUUUCACCCAGCCUACUCUCUUGGUAUAUUUAAAAACAACAUUCCUACACUCAGACCCAUCUAUUUAAAUGGAGAAGAAUGUCUAAACCAAUGUGUGGUUCUAGCCUGACAGCUUUUGUCCAGGAAUAUUGUGCCAGGCUGAACUCUGAAGCAUCUAGUGCUGGUCUUUCUUUUCUUCAAUUGUAGAUCUAUAGAAUUGAAAGGGACCUUGGAGGAUAUCUAGCCCAAACACCUGCUUAAUGUAGAAUCAACUACAGCGCUCUGACAAAGGACUCUUUGCAGAACUGCCCACAGACACCUGCUUGAUAGGCUGGGUUAUAAAAUCUUGGUGGCUUUAGAAGAUGGAGUAGUGCUAGUCAAAUUAAGAAUAAAAAUCUUUUGAAUUAUAGAGUUGGAAGAGACCUAGGAGCCCUCCCCACUUAGUGCAGGAUCUUGCAACUACAGCACCCCUGACAUUGACUGUCCAUUUUCUUAUAUAUGCCUAGCUUAGGAAAGCCCACUUCCUCAUGUGACAGUCGGUUCCACUGUCUAUUGCCAAUAUGAAAAUUACCCUAGCAUUUAGACAAAAUCUUUGUUCCCUGAAUUUUCCCUCCAUUGAUUCUGAUCCUGUUCUCUUGAGCAAUAGAGCUCCAUCUGUUAUGUGACAACUCUUUAGCUAUUUGGAGAUUGGUAUUAUACUUCCCCUUCUCUUCUUCAAACUAAACAUACAGUACUUGGCUCUUUCAACCAUUCUAAACAGAGCUUGGUUUACAGACCUCUCACCAACCAGGUUGUCAUCCUCUUACUGCUAGUUUGUUAAUAUCCUUCUUAAAAGUGUAGUGCCCAGAACUGGACAUAAUGCCAUAAUUGAUUUCUCCAAGUUAAGAGCACUAUCUUUUCUUGUAAGCAGCUUUGACUUUUAUUUUAAUAGAAAAGAGAGGUACAAAUACUAAACUAAAUUAUUAUGAAAUCAGUUUUUUCCUGUGAAUAUUUGAGAUUCUGUACCCCCAUUGUAAAAUAGCUUAAUUUAUAUAUAAAAAAUACCCUAUAUUGAUCAACUAUUUUUUUUCACACAUUCUCUCUUGUGCAGCACCUUUUGCAUCCAGUCUUCAUUUCUAGGAUUAUUUUGUAUUGUUUUUGGUUGUAUUUUAGCUCUUUUGUAUAUUUUGUUGUAACCUGCUCUGGAAUUUUGUGUGAGGUGUGGUCUAUAAAUAGUUUUAUAAAUAAAUGUGUAUGUUUAUACAAGAUCAAGUUGCAGAACUGACCCUCAGCAAGCACUACAGAAAUCAUGCUCUGCUUGGGAGUUCCCUUUACUCUUGUUUAUGCUCAGGUGUUGGCAUAUGCACAAUAUUUUUAACAGUAGCAUGUAACUUCUCUUGGGAGUUUAUAGGAAUAGGUAGUAGUAGUUACAUUGUGAUAUACAGAGAGGCUGUUUCCAGCAUCAGAUAUGCUCUUUGACCACUGAAGCAUUAAGGGUUCUGAUUUUGCCUCUUGCAGUGGAGAGCAUCUGAAAGCAAUGCCACUGAUUUAUCUCUUGGGGGAAUUUUACUGUUGUGAAGGAGGUAGCAUUAUAACUUGAUGUACUCCUGAGCAAGAGAGAGUAUAUCAGAUCUGUACAAGUACUAAUAGGGCUAUUGUGUUUUGUUUUAUAUGUGCAGCCUGUGUGAUUUAGUAUGACAUCGUCUUAUUUAUUUGGACAGAUGCUUACUCUUGUUUUUCAGCUGCUAUUGGAACCCUAGAUGCUUUGUAGAAGUUGGCCAAACCUGGCAGUCUGGCCUAAAAAUGUCUCUUCCAGCUCCACUUCUGUGAUCUAGGAGAAGAUCUAAAAUUUGCGCAAAGCCACUCAGUAGAAUUUAAAGCACUCAAUACUGAGUGAAGUUGCCACACGAUCCAGGUCUAAAUUACCCACAGGCAAAAAUAUUCUUGUCUUUGGUGAUGAUGGCUCAGGCAAAACAACACUAAUGACUAAAAUCCAAGGAGCAGAGCAUGGGAAGAAAGGAAGAGGCCUCGAAUACCUGUACCUAAAUAUCCAUGAUGACGACAGAGAUGAUCAGACCCGUUGUAACGUCUGGAUUCUUGAUGGGGACUUGUACCAUAAAGGGCUCUUGAAAUUUGCUGUUUCAGCAGAAUCGCUGCAAGAGACCCUUGUCAUUUUUGUGGCAGAUAUGUCUAGACCAUGGACUGUUAUGGAAUCCUUACAGAAAUGGGCAAGUGUAUUGCGUGAACAUAUUGAUAAGCUGAAAAUCCCCCCUGAAGAGAUGAGAGAUAUGGAACAGCAAUUUGUGAAGGCUUUUCAGGAAUAUGUAGAACCUGAAGACGGGUAUCAGGGGUCACCACAGAGAAGAGGCCCAUCAGGACAAGAUGAUGAAAAUGUAAUUCUACCACUUGGAGAUAAUGUUCUGACUCACAACCUCGGCAUCCCUGUGAUAGUAGUUUGUACAAAGUGUGAUGCAAUGAGUGUAUUAGAAAAGGAACUUGACUACAGAGAAGAACAUUUUGACUUUAUUCAGUCGCACAUUCGUAGAUUCUGCUUACAAUAUGGUGCAGCCUUGAUCUAUUCAUCAGUUAAAGAGGAAAAGAAUCUUGAUUUGUUGUAUAAGUACAUUGUACAUAAAACAUAUGGCUUUCAUUUUAUCACACCUGCCUUAGUGGUAGAAAAGGACGCAGUUUUCAUACCUGCUGGCUGGGACAAUGAAAAGAAAAUUUCAAUUCUACAUGAAAACUUCACAACAGUGAAACCAGAUGAUCCAUAUGAAGAUUUCAUUGUAAAACCUCCUGUCAGAAAGCUAGUUCAUGAUAAAGAACUUGCAGCGGAAGAUGAACAAGUGUUUCUUAUGAAGCAGCAGUCUCACCUUGCCAAGCAGCCAGCCACACCUACAAGAGCUUCUGAAUCUCCUGCACGAGGGCCUUCUGGAUCACCAAGACCCCAGGGCAGGGCAGGCCCUGUCACUGUCCCCAGUGCCUCGCCAAUAGCUUCUGUUAAGAAGCCAGAUCCAACAAUUAAAAAUAAUGCUGCAAGUGAAGGUGUCCUAGCCAGCUUCUUCAACAGUCUCUUGAGUAAAAAGACUGGCUCUCCUGGGAGUCCUGGUGCUGGAGGAGUGCAGACCACAGCCAAAAAAUCAGGGCAAAAAACGGUUUUGACGAAUGUCCAAGAAGAACUGGAUAGAAUGACUCGCAAACCAGACUCUAUGGUAACGACCAACUCCUCUCCAACAGAGAACGAAGCUUGAUUAUUGCUUGAACCUGCAUAUGUAAAUGACCAAAUAACUAUGUACAUUGAUCUGAUAAGACCAGGAGUUCUCUGCUAUGGCAGAUGCUAUAAGUUUUUCUUGGGGCAGGGGGAAAUGAAAUUUAACCUUCAUUGGCUUGUCCCAGUAUCAAGUGCACAUUCAGGAAGAUUUGCAUAUAAAAUUCCUGUUUCAAGAUAACCAUUUUAGAAUAUAAAUAGGGCAAUUCUCUUGAUUUGGGUGGCAAACAAGGUGCAGCUGCAAUUCCUAGGGAAGAGCACAGAGAAGUGAGAUGCGGGAUUCCUGUUGAAAAGCCACCAGUGGCUGCUGGCACUAAGGAUGGAUGAAGUCCCCUUUUCCAAGUAUACUGGAGUUGGCCAUUCAAAACAUAUUUAUACUUGGGAGAAUCUGGUGUAGUCGGGUGAUGGUUAGAUGAAGAGAGUGUAAGAUGCUGCAUUUAAAAUAAAUGCAAGAUCUGACUCAGAAGUGAAAAGUAUGUUGGACAGACUGGAGAAAAGCAGUGUUAAUACAUCCUGUGUUGAAUAUAGAUCAGAUAAUCAUGUUUUGAAAACAAAAGCCUUUACAAUUGGAAAGUGUCCAAAGCUUAUAUGCUGAGUAUCAUGGGAAUUUUUCUUGUUAUAAAUUGCAUUUUUUGUUUUUGUUUUAACAAGAAGCUACAUGAAAUGUGGUGGGUGCCCUUUUUGUCACAGCUGACACAGGGAGAAGCUUGAUUAGACCAAGUGCCUGGCACAGUGACUGAUGUCUUUUGGAAGGUGCUUGAACCUCUUGUGCACUGUAGUACAAACAGUCUUUGUUUGUUUGACUUUACUUUGAAUAACUCAGUAACUUUUUAUAGUAAUGUUUAAUUUUGAAUCCUGAUUUCUCAUAGCUUCUGCCUUGGGUUCCCCCCCCCCCUUUUCUAAAUGCCAAUCACAUGGCCUGUUAAGAGCAAUGAGUGACAUAUCACUUUCCCUGAUGAAAUGUAUUAUGAAAUACAAAUCUUUCUUAUAGUAGCUGAAAACUCAGUCCUGCCUUAAGGUUUGUGAAACCUUUAAUAAUUUUCUUAUAGGCUCCCAAAAAUUUUGUUCCACUUUGCAGUAAAUUACUAGUGUUUGUAGGUUUACAUUGUUAAAACAUAGAAACUAAUGACUUCAUUAUAGCCCUUUAGUGUAGCCUUUUAAAUGUGGAAAGAAAUUUUACAAUUGUCCCUCAUUGCUACUCAAAUAAUUACCCAUGGCCAGCUUGAGCUAUGAAAGACUCCCACAGUUAACUGAAAUGGCACUUUUGAGUUUCUGUACGAUAUAUUUGAAAGAGAAACACUACCUUGCGUUAUAGUACUAAGCAUCUUUGUAAUCAACACACAGAAGGGAAAAAACCACCGUAUGAAUUAUGCAGAGUUUACUUUUUAUUGAUAAGGAUUUGUGUGUUAUGCUUAAUCUUGUUUCUGAAUAGAACACCCCUAAUAUUUAUAUAUACAUACAUAUAUAUAUUGUUAAAUAUACAGAAUAAAUUGACCACUAACACAGUACUGGAUGUAAUUGCAAACCCUGUGUUACAUCAAGAGGCCGUCUCUUUGUUUUUGUAAGUCUGUCUAACACUAUCUAGAAAGCUAAGAGUAUUUACUUGCAUUAACUUAAAAGCAUGUUUACUUGUGCCAGUUAUGUGUUGUUGUUUUCCUUUACUUUUUUACAUUUUUAUAAUUUCAGAACCUCAGUUACAUCCACAGUUGCCUGUAUCUUAAAUUGACGAGUUGUGGUUGGGGCAAUUUGGUGUGUGGUUCUGCUGGCAUAUGAUUUGCCAGAUGCAUGUUAAAGAAAACUGUGGCCACUCUAGCAGAUGUGACUUACAUCCUGUCCUCGUGGCAUACAGCUUUAUUAUACCGUUAGGCAGCUGCACAUUUUAUGCCAUGCAUAAGUGCAUGGCAUGUUGGGAUGAUUAUGUUCAUGCUGGGUUCUAGCAGAGGGAACUUUACUACUGUCUCCAUCUCCUUGCCACAUGUGCAAAAGGCAUAGAACCAGUAGAACCAGCCUUAUGAUUGGCUGGCCAGUCUAGAGCUGAUUUUGGCUGCCUAGAGAUAAGGCAUAAUAUAUUGGAAACAAGUAUGUUGGACAAGCAAGUGUUUUGUGAUGGUAUGCGGUUCCAAUGCAAGCCUUCAGUACACAACUGCCUCUUUCUGUUAAUGUUUUUGUCAUUUAUGCAGACAAUUCACUUUGUAUAUCAAUAAUGUGUACAAGUGGCUACUGGGUUUUUUUUGUUUUUGUUUCUUCAUUUUCAUAAAAUGAAUGUUAGAACUGCUGCAAAUGAGCAAAAGCCAGUAGUAACAUACCACUUUCCAGUUGUGCAAAAGAGUGCUUGGAUUCAAACAGAAGUUGAUUUCCCACCUCUACUCGGAUAGUACUUAAGGAAACUGCAAGUGAAUGCUCCUAGUUUUUCAAAGGAAGAAAGCUGUAAGUAAUGUAGUGUUUUUUGGUUGCCAAAGUCUAGCAACUUUGGAAAGCUGCACAGUUGUCUUUUCUGGUGUUCUCAAGCAUUGGAACCAAAGGCCAAACUGCAAAAGCCUUUACAUUUUAAAAAAUACAAUUAACUUUAUUUUUCAGGAUACACUUGUAUGGUAGACUGUUAAAAUUAUUACAUGGCUAUAUUUAUAUACGGUAUAUUGAUUGCACCUACUGUUCAUGUUUAAAACUUAAAGUAAUAAUCUAUUCAACUUGAAGAGUGAAGGCAAAUAUAAAGGAUUAAGGAUUGGCCCUCCAUCAAAAUGCUAUGUUUAUGCUGCUUGAUUUUUUUUAAAAGUUUGCACUUUUUAUUGGCAUUUUAAAACUUGUUUAAACUGAACAGAACUUGUUGUAUUUUAUUUAAUUUAAUUACAUUGAAAGUGACUGAACUUAACCAUAUCCAUGCUGUAAAUGAAAGUUCACUCUCCUAUAUGACUAAGUUUAUUGAUGUUUUUAACUUCCAAUGAGGACUGCAGAUGUAUCCAACACAACCCUUAGUCCAGUUGUAUGGCUUUAACCAGGUGCAGUCAUGUGGAAUCUUGCUUUCUAGUGCUGGCAAAAAUGAGGACAUGUUCUUUAAUUAAUGGCUUCAAUAAACACCAACCAAGACUGCUUUA